AACUUAAGCGCACACAAUGAGAAACUUGUUUCCAUUAAUUUUAAACAAGGUAGAUAUUAAUAAAUAGUAACUGAAAUAUAUACUGCUCAGACGAAAAAAUUAAACAGACACUAGUAGAUAAAAAACACAUAUAAAUUAUAUGAAGAAGUUACUGCGUAUUUUUAUAAAAGAAAACUGAACCAAUGUACACAAUCUUUAUUUGGUAAAGAUAACAACUUGUUGGAUUUACCGAAAGUUGUUAGAAGCGUUGUUUGUGCGGUUUUUGUUAAUUGCUUAUCAGUUUCAAUUACCUUGCUGAUAGAACACUAUAAAAACAAUGUACAACAAUAAUUACCAUUAAUCCAUUAAAUAUUCAAAGUGGACUACAAUUAUAUUAUUUCGUUUUAAAGAUUGUCUAGUAAAAUGUCAACACCGUUAAAAAAUAUUGCAGUGGUAACAGGUAGUAAUAAAGGUAUAGGUUACGCCAUUGUAAAAGGUUUAUGUGAGAAAUAUGAUGGUUUGGUGUAUUUAACAGCUAGAAAUGUUGGUAGAGGCGAGGCUGCAGUUAAAAAAUUGAAUGAACUCGGUUUUAAACCGUUGUUUCACCAGUUGGAUAUUACAAGUAAAGAAAGCAUAAAUAAAUUAAGGGAUGACAUUGUUCGAGAACAUGGUGGUAUUGACUUAUUGAUCAAUAAUGCUGCAAUUUCUUAUAGUAAAAAUGGUACAGAAUCAUUUGGAGAAAAAGCCGAAAAUACUGUUAAAGUAAAUUACUUUGCUACAUUAGAGGUAUGCAAUGUUUUAUUCCCUAUCUUACGACAAAAUGCCAGAUUUAUUAACUUAUCAAGCUCUACUGCACGACUUUCACGACUACCAUCUCCUAUCCUUCGAGACAAAUUCAAAGAUCCGAAAUUAACAGUACCUAAACUUAAUGAGUUAAUACAGGAAUUUGUUAGAGUGGCUAAGGAAGGGGUCGAUACUUCUAACACAUGGGGCAGUUCUACUUAUGCAGUCUCUAAAGUGGGUGUUUCUGCUUUGACAUUUAUACAACAGCGAGAGUUUGAUGCAGAAACACCUUCAAGAAAUAUUUUUGUUAAUUGCUGCCACCCUGGGCGUGUUAAUACAGACCUGACGAGACAUGAUGGUCCUCUGACUAUUGAGGAAGGGGCCCGGUCAUCAUUAUACCUCGCUCUUGAAAAUCACGGCCUCAAGGGAAAAUUUGUUUGGGAAGAUUGUAGCGUCAUUGAAUGGACAACAGCCUAAAUUACUAAACUAUUAAACUACACAUUAAAUUGUAUUUUGCAUUUCUGUAAUGUUAAAUAAAUGAAUAUAUGAAAAAAGUCGAAUUGCUUAAUUCAAUUUUCAAAAAGUUGUUGAAAUUU